UUUCCCUCCCUUUGCUCAACCAGUUUUUUUACACACCGCACAUCAGAGUCCCAAGUCCCCAGCAUGAAAUUCAUUCGAUACCUCAAUUCUAGCAGUAUCAGUUGUGAUAUACGGAGCUGACCGCAGACUUUGACUCGGUAUCCUGAUACUUGCACUGGCACCAAUUCUGAGUCUCAACGCAUUGCGAAAAACUGGACAUCGACAAAGAAUAUUUGAUUCACGACUCUGAUUCACGACUAAUCUGAAAUCACUCACAAUGGACCCUAUCGAGAGCGACGCUUCAACAAUACUGACGGACUAUCCAGCAUCGAGUGCUUCCAGACCAUCCUCGGCCUCAGCCUCGUCCGUUACGUCCCUGUCAUUAAUCUCUGAUGACCGGACAAAUUCCCUGCCCCUGGGCGCUGCUACCUCCGUGUACUUUGAGAUCCGUGAUACUCCUACGGCCGGACGCGCCGUCUUCGCCACCAAAGACAUUGACGCAAACACUCUGCUGUGGCGCUCAGACGAUCUCACGAUCUCGUCUCUCCUUCGGGAGUACAGGCGUGAAGUCUGCGGGCAGUGCUUUGGAUACAACUACGGCAGAGAUUUGAGCAUACAAGACCAAACAGUGGGUUUCGCCUUCUGCUCGAGUGAAUGCCAGAAAGUCUGGCAGCAAGAGGCUGGCGAGGUAGGUAUCCAGGCCUGGGCCGAAGUCAAGAAACUGGUCAGCAAGAAGAGUAAACGGGACGACGAACUGGUUGAUAUUAACCUGGCACGACCCAACGAAAAUGAGAUUGCGCAAGCAUGGGACGGUACUAAGGCACAGGCAGCGCUGAUUCGAACGCUCAGAAUGGCGGAGCUGAUGGACGAUGCCCGGAACGGAGACGAACCGCAAACCCUGACAGUGAAGGGCAACACGGGCGGGCUGAUCACCAAGCAACACCGCAAAGCCGCACAGAAAGCACUUCAACAACCCGUUCAGGCCGACAUCAUGGGAUAUUGUGUUGGCGGCAUCAUCGCUCAGUACGAGAACCCCCAGAAGUGGGAGCACUUGCUCUCACUCGCAGUGGACUCGACGCCAUACUCCAGUGCCGGUGACUUGGAGGCCUUCACCCGCACCUAUCUGCAGCUGCUCGCGAUCCUUCCUCUGCCCCUGCUCCCCUUCACCACGCCCGAGUCACUCUUCCUCCUCUCCUCGCGCGAUAGCCACAACGCGUUCGGCAUCCGUUCUUUGGAAGACGAAGGAUCCGAGCUCUUCGGGUUCGGUUGCUGGCCCGCAGCCAGCUACUUCAACCACUCCUGCGGCCCCAACGUCGAGAAGAAGAGAGUGGGCAGGGCGUGGGAGUUCAGGGCUGCAAAUAACGUCGAGAAGGGCGUGGAAUUGUGCAUCACUUACUUGGGCGGAGAGGAGAGGAAGUUGUCGAGGGAGGCGAGGAUGUUGACGCUGAGAAGAAACUGGGGCUUCGAGUGUCAGUGCAAGAGGUGUGCGGAAGAAGGUGGAAUGAAUACUGUUUGACCGCUUAGGUUCGUUUCUGCUAGUAACUGCGGACUCUGUGCUCUUUUGCACGCGUACAAUAA